AUGGGUGUCUCAGUUAAUGAUUUCAGGUACUUCUCAGUGGGUAUUGCUCUUUUGCAUAAACUCUUUACAACGACUCAGAUUUUUCUAUGGAAAUUCAUUCACAAUGCUUUAAUGGUUAGAGCUAACUUGCAUCAUACUGAUAUAGUUGAAAGAAGUUACAUCCUUUGUAACUCAUCUCAUAUUCAAGAUAUCAACCAUUUGGUCUUUGGUUGUUCUUUUGCAAAAGCUAUAUGGAGAAUUUGUGUACCCCAACAUUAUCAUUAUGUUUAUCAAUUUCAAACUCUGAAUGACUGGUUUGCUUCUUGGACCUCUACUGAUGCAUCAAUCAACUUUUCCUAUGAAGCUCCUUCUAUUCGUGGAAUAUCAGCUAUUCUUUGGCACAUAUGGAAGUUUAGAUGCCAAGUUACUUUUCAACAAGCAUCAGUAAAUGUUAAUUCUGUGUUAUAUCCACUGUUCAAAUACUUAACUGAUAUUGCUACUAUUACUGUUUCAGCAUCUCAUCAUUUAAGGCAUUCUAGACAUCAUAUAGGUCAUAUGCAUCACUGGAUCUCUCCACCGCCAGACAUUUUAAAGAUGAAUAUUGAUGCUUCAUUUGGGAAAAGUUUUCAUUUAGCUGUAAUUGCUAUGAUUUUGAGAAAUUCUACUGGGGAAUAUAUUGCAGGAAGAGGACUCUUAAAGCGAGUAUACAUCCUAAUCAGGCAGAAACUUGGGCACUUCUUGAAGCUAUGUUGUGGGAUCUAA